GUCAACGGCGACGGGAAGAUCUCCGUCGAGGAGCUCAGGGCGGUGCUCAACAACGGGGGCAUCGACGACGUGGUGAGCCAUCAGACGAUCCCCGAGAUCCUCAAGCAGGUGGACAAGGACGGCGACGGUGCCAUCGAUUUUGACGAGUUCAUGGCGAUGCUGCGCGGUUCUGCCGAGAUGGGGAACAUCAACGCGCAGCCAGGGCCGCGGGGCUGCGGCUGGAGGGCCGAGAGGCCGUGGACACGACGUGUCUCCCGCCAGGAGGAAGAGGAGGAGGAGGAGGAGGAGGAGGAGGAGUGCUGGUGCACGUGA